CGCGACGCUUCGCAGCCACGCGAACGCAUCCGUUUCCCCCUCUAUCCAGCGAGCUUUGGAAAACGAAGCAACAGGACGAGUCUCCAUUAAACUCACCCUCUUCGAACAUUCGCCGAAGAAACUCAACCAAUCGCGUUAACCAGUGUCAACAUUCGAAAGUGAAACAUUCAACCGUCGCUCUGUAACUAGUCGCGUGAUCUAUGACUGUACUCGUUUGAAAAUCGGUGCGCGCGAUUCGAAACCGUUACGUGUCGAAGUGGAUCAGUGAGAGUUGCACGGAGAGGGUGGAAAGCGUUGUGUCGCGAGCUGGAAGUGAUGUCGGUAAACAGAGGUAAAUAAGUGCUCGUAGACACCGUAUAUUCGUUUCGUUGGUGGAAUAUCAGUGCGGACGCGCGGAAUUCGAUGGCAGUUUCGUACUCGAACCGAAGAAAGACGUGAGACGGACCGAGGUCGACGCACCUGUUUUGUUUUCCUUCUUCCGUUGGUAGCAGUAGACCAGUUACUAGUGUCGUCGUUAAUUGGAGGAGUGCUGUGAUGAAGCAGUUCUGUUGAUACCCGGGAAGUUUCUCGGGAGAUGAUCCAGGGGAUCCACGAUCGAUUGGGAAACUGCAGGUGGCUUUGCUUCGACUACGAUUCGAGAGCCUCGCGUGCUCGAACAGAUAUUCUCCAGGCAUCGAUCCCGCUCCAACCCCUUCACUCUACAUUUUAAACACCGAUAUCUCCGAACCGAUCAAACUUGAAUAUUUCAUCAAGGAAAAAGAACACAAUUUUUAUCGAAGAGGAAAAAACUCGUCGAGGAAAAAGUGAAGAGUCGUUGAUAAAUGGCGACGCGUAAUCGACACUGAAUUCGUGUUUCUUCGGUGAGGAUAGUUGUCGAAGAGGAUCGAAGAGGUGUGAAACCGCGGGACAUGUAAAUUUGGGGAGUCGUAGGUUAGAUGGAAUUCGCCCUUGUCAUGAAGCAAAAUCGAGCGGGCAGGAUCGAUUAGAUGCGGGAUCUUCGUAGUCGUGGUAGUUCGAUAGCGCCGCGGGACACAUGCCGAGAAUGUCAAUCUACUGUCACGAAUUAUGGAGCCGGUUCGGUCGAGCGGUAACGACGAGCGCUUGAGGUCUCAAUCGUGGCUCCAGGAAUCAAGCGAAGAUUCCCAUGCACGGCUCGUAUCCUCCAGGAAUCCCAUGGUCGAGAGGAAUAAGGGAGCAUGAGGUAGCCGUCGACGAGGGGGGCGCUUCGGAUGCUCCGGACUGCCGACUAGGCUCGUAUGGAGGGGAAGAACGCAAUCACCACAGAAGGCUCCCUGCUUCUAAACCUGACCACUAUCGCCACACAAGACGACGAAGACUUCCUACGAACAUUUCCGGGCAAAAACUCGCCCUACACGGCCGCGCAGGCAAUACUAAUCGCCCUGGUGCUUGGUAGCAUCAUUGUCGGGACAGUGAUCGGCAACAUUCUGGUCUGCGUCGCCGUGUUCCUCGUUAGGAAGCUACGAAGACCCUGCAACUAUUUGCUGGUUAGUUUGGCAGUUAGCGAUCUCUGUGUCGCCCUUCUGGUGAUGCCGAUGGCGUUGCUCUACGAGAUCUCCGGUAAUUGGUCCUUCGGUGCAUUUAUGUGCGACUUUUGGGUUAGCUUCGACGUGCUCAGCUGCACGGCCAGCAUCCUCAAUCUGUGCAUGAUCUCCGUUGAUCGUUUCUGCGCCAUCACAAAGCCACUAAAAUAUGGGGUGAAGAGGACUCCUCGGCGGAUGAUCAUCUACGUGAGCCUCGUUUGGUUAGGAGCAGCUUGCAUCAGUUUACCACCGUUGUUGAUAAUGGGAAAUGAACAUACCUAUUCGGAAACUGGAGCGUUUCAUUGUGUAGUCUGCCAGAAUUUCUUCUAUCAGAUCUACGCUACGCUUGGGAGCUUCUAUAUUCCUCUGUUGGUGAUGAUUCAGGUGUACUACAGGAUAUUCUGUGCCGCUCGUAAAAUAGUCCUUGAAGAAAGAAGAGCUCAAAGCCACCUGGAGGCUCAUUGCUAUCUCGAUAUAGAGCCAACGGUGCAGCACCAUCAGCCGUCCGUUGUGAACCGUCAAUUAAAUUCUGACGUUCAAACGGUUCAUGGAAGUCCACCAGUGAAGCAACACCGAAGUUCGAGCGCCUCCACUACGUGCAGCGGCCAUGCAGUGCGUUGUUUCGCUGGUGGUCCCCGCAAGAGCAACGAGUCUCAGUGUCCCAUGCUUCAGAAGCUGGAGAAGCCCAUCCUCUCCUCGUCCACAACAACAACUCCACCGAUGACGUCAACGAAAUCGACGAUCGUGCGAAACCACCUGAACAGCACCUGCAGCGUGACAAAUUCACCUCACCAGAAGAAACUGAGGUUUCACCUGGCGAAGGAGAGAAAAGCGAGCACCACCCUGGGCAUCAUAAUGAGCGCCUUCAUCGUCUGCUGGCUGCCGUUCUUCGUGUUGGCCCUGGUCAGGCCGUUCCUCAGAGACCCCGACCAGAUCCCCGCGUUUCUGUCGAGCCUGUUCCUCUGGCUCGGCUACUGCAACAGCCUGCUCAACCCCAUCAUAUACGCCACGCUGAAUAGGGACUUCCGGAAGCCGUUCCGCGAGAUCCUCUACUUCCGAUGCAGCAACUUGAACCACAUGAUGCGAGAGGAGUUCUACCAGAGCCAAUACGGCGAUCCCAUAAACAACUACGAGAUCAAAGCUGGCGAGCUGGAGGGCGCUGAACGCCUGGACAAUCAGGGCAUCGAGGCGAUCGACGUCGCUGCGAGCGCCCCUAACGAGAGCUUCCUAUGAUCCUCGAGAAACUCGUUCCUUGAUCGUCGGGUCGAUUAUGGCAGCCUCGAGACGGCCUUGGACCGGCCGUGAACGACACCGAUCGGUCUUUCAACGAGAAUCAACUUUCUGAAGCUAGAUUUGCAGAUGGAUCCACAACUUGUGCAAAAGCUUACAAUUGGAAGCUUAGAAGAAGCUUUAAAGGAUGUAGGUGCCCAUCUAGGAGUGCGGAGGUAGAUCGGAUGUAAUCGUUGAACAUUUGGAAGCUCUGUGUCUACGUGUCGACCAGUUGGCUAAGAUCGGGUCAUAGACCUGUGGUCUAUUUGGACAGGUGAAAGCAUUUCUACGCUUUGUGAUCGAAGUGUAAAGACGGGGAUUUUGAACUGACUGGAUACUGUCUCUUAAUCUAGCAUGACUUAGGAUAAAAUGUUUUAGGAUGAAUAUGUGAAUGUUGGGAGUCGAUGGUUAGAAGUAUGUUUUACGCUUGAUGUGUCCAGUUGAAACGAUUCUAUGGAAGUAUAUGAUCCGUAAUGUUGUACAGAGGAUAAAGUAAUAUGUGUAGUGUCGCGUUGAUAAUCUUGAACGGUGUGUAAGUAGCAGAGGUAUCUUGAAAAUAGUGACUCUUUCCAUUUCAAUGUGAGACGCGUUUACCAGUGCACUCGAUUCUGUGAAUUUUCGAAUCGUUUUUUAGCGAUGAAUAUGCGUUUUGGAGGUGACGUAUGUUAAAUUAUUGGUUUCUGAGAGAGACAAUUGUACUAAUUCAAGCAUUGAGAACAUAUGGAAAUUUUGUUAAUAUUUUGUGUAAUUUUGAAUUUGUUGAUGUUACGUUUCAGUAUUAAUUUUGGUGAGAGAUUUUUAGGGAUGGAGAAAGGAAAACUUGUGAAACAGAAGUAAUUAAAUUAGCAGGUUUCAAAUUGUUGCAAUUGUUGUUGGAAAGUUCAGAAUUAUUAUACAACAUAUUUCAAGGUCAUAAAAAUGUUCCCAUAAUCUACCUAAACAUUACAACCCUUGACUAGAAAUAUAAAUUUUGCAAAUGUCAACUGUUUAUAACAAGCAAAGUUCAGUAAGGUACAAUUAACUAAAGUCAAAAAAUAUAUUGCCAAAGGUAAUAAAAAUAAGCGGAUUUCACUACUAUUUCUUUUUUAAACCGCAGUAAAAAAGUAGUAAUCUUGUUUGAAUUCUUAAAUUCAAUUUUCCAGCAAAAACAAGAUUGACAAGGGAGAAAAUCGUAAUUCAGGACGGAAGAAAAUCGAACAAAUAACGCGUACCUGUGGGAAAUGUCAAUUGGAAAACCGAACCGGUCGGAAAAUUACUCGUGACACACGAGGGCAGUAAAACCAUCGCAACUGCUGCUUUCUUGCAUCUCUGGAGUGCGAUUACAACGAGCGUGUUUCCCAUUUGAAUGGUUGUUUGGGAAAUUUGUGGGUCACGGAGACCCUUACGUUGUUGUCAAAAUUCUUACAAAAGAAUGUGGAAAAUGUUACAAGGUGUUAAUGUUACAUUAACACAUUUACGUUACAGUAAGGUUACAUUAAUAUUCAUUGUGUUUCUGUAUUUGUUAUUGCAUAGAAGGGAUGAUCAUACUCCUUAUUUUACAAGAACAUAAAUCAUUUAUUGAUCGUCACACUAUACUUUUCCUAUCCGAACCAAAAAUACAAUAUUUACCCUCGUCAGCGAAAAUAACAUGCUUUCAUCAAUCUUGAGACUUGUCAACUUUUCUGGCGAAAAUCAAUCUUUUUUUUAUGUUGUUAAUGUACGGUUUUUUUACUAUUUCACCAUUAUACUCAUCGUUUCAAUUUAUUCUACUUAUAGUUUCAGCACUGAUUUUCUUUCUGCUUUCACGAUAAUCUCUGAACAGCAGGACAAUCUCUAAACAGCACUAUAAUGACGAGUUUCUAAAAUUUGUUCAACUACGAAAAACAAUUAUAUUUUUAAUUUUCACUGAAUGGUUCAUUUUUCUGUAAAAUAAGAAAUAUAUCUAAAUUAACUUCUCUUGUGCAAAACAACAAAACUGUCUCUGAAUAAUAACGUAACGUAACCUGUA